AUGUGUGGCGCUACUGCUGCGAGGUGUUUGACUACAUCCUGUUGGGUGCGGUGGUGGGCGGCAAGGGCGGCGUUUUUUGCGUCCACGGCGGCCUCAGCCCCGAUGUGGAAACCAUCGACGAGAUCCGCGUGCUUGACCGGAAACAGGAGGUGCCGCACGAGGGCGCCAUGUGCGAUCUUCUCUGGUCGGACCCGGAGGAGGUGCCGUCGUGGGCGGUGUCGCCGCGCGGCGCCGGCUACUUGUUUGGCGAGGCCGAGACGCAGAAGUUCUGCCGCCGCAACGACAUCUCGCUCAUUGCGCGGGCGCACCAGCUUGUCAUGGAGGGCUACAAGGAGAUGUUCUCGGGCUCGUUGGUCACGGUGUGGUCGGCGCCCAACUACUGCUACCGCUGCGGCAACGUGGCGUCCAUUCUCACCAUCAACGAUCUGUUGGAGCGGGAGUACAAGGUGUUUGAGGCCGUGCACCAGGACGCGAGCCUUGUGCCGUCGAAGAAGCCGGCCGUGGACUACUUUAUCUAGUGGCUUGGACUACUUUAUCUAG